CGGACCACAACGCAGCCGAUUCCAUCAGGUCAAACCACAAAGCAGCCGAUUCCAUCAAUUCAAACUGCGUCACAGUCGAAACCACCUAAAAAGUCUAGUGGACGUGCGUCUAUGUCACAUUGGACGGUAGAUGCAAUAGAUUCACAAGGAGCUAUCAAGAAACUCAAAGUGAAGAAAACGGACGUGUUCAAUCUAUCUAAUGGAGAUCGUAUUGUGGUUGAUUUUGACGACUUAGAUUCUCCUAUUGGCGAAGGACAAGGCAUUCUUGCAGGUUUUUGUGGAAUUUUAGCAAAAGACAGCUCCAUAUUUCCAAUUCACUUUGAAAAAUGGUCGGAUUUACCUGCAGCAUACUUCAACAAUUGCUUUGAUCAAUUUAUAAAGGUAUAGGCUAUAAAUUGAUGACCCACUUAAAAGCAGAGAUCAGAUAAGAGCUGAGGCAAUUAAUAAAGUUCCAGAUGGGAUUCCACGGGAUCAAUGGAUUUUUUAUGUUGAUUACCGCCUUAAAGAAAAAACAAGGGUAUUUAUUUAAAUGUUUCAAUUGGUAUGUGUAAUUAUAUGGCUAUUUGUUUGUAUAUCUUAACUUUUGAGUAUCUUUUUGUAAUGAAAUGUGCAAAAGAAAUGCUGAAAUUCGGAAGACACAAACCAUUUCACACAUCGGUGGCUCCAAACCCAACUCCAGAAGAAGGGCUGAAAUGAUGGCUAAUAGCGGACAAAAUCCUGGACGAGGUCAACUUUAUCUUGCUACUCAUAGGAAUGAAGAUGGAUCAUAUGUCAAUGAGGCAGCAAAAGAGAUAUGUGAAAAAAUUGAGCAAGCCAUGACUCAAAGCAUCACAGAUGAGUCCGAGAUUUCGCCAAAUGAUGCCGUUGGAAAAGUACUAGGAAAAGAGCAUUUUGGACGGGUAAGGUGCUUGGGAUUAGGAGCCGUCCCAAGUAGAGCUUUUAAACAAACAAGACCCCGUUAUAAUGAUUUGAAUGCUUCAAGUUACAAUAAUGGUUCAUGUUCUUCUCAAUGGCAAGAGAAGUACAAUCAGAUGUUGAGUGCUCACAACAAAAGCCAAGACAACCUCAAUUUUUUGAUGAAUGCUCACACUGAAAUGAUGAGCGCUUUCAAGAUGUAUAUGAUAAGGAAAGAAGGGAGAAUACCUGAAGAAUUUGCUGGGAUCUUUGUUUCUACUACUCCUCCUUCAACGCCAAGUGAUGCAGCUAGUGGACACAUUUCACCCACGGACGUAAGAAGAUCAUUUGGUGGCAGUAAUCGUAAUGGCAACCUAUGAAGUUCCGUGCAAUUGUAUUAGACAAUUAAGUAUGGUAGUUAAUUGAAUGGACGUGGCAGAUCCUUUGUGAUUAGUGGUUUGAGUGGAUGUGUUUAAUGUUAGUUUUUGAGACUAAUGAGGAUACUGAUGUUGGAGUGAAUGUGUUUAAUAUUAGGUUUGAGACUAAUGAUAAUACUUGCUUUAUGUUAAUGCCAAUAUGGCUUAAUAAUACAUUGAUGUUACUUGAUUUUAGUAAACAAUUUGAAUAAUAAAUUGAUGCUUCAUAUAUUCUCAAUCAGUUUUGGAGUAAUAAUUGUCCCAA